UGGUCACCAUUUAUUUCCACAAUUAUUUGUUCUUCUCUUGCCCACCAAAACAUAAUCACCUUCCACCUAUAUCUUCAACUUCAAUCGAUCAAUUUCUAAAUAUUUUUUUUCACACCCACCAAUUUUUUUAUUCAUAUUUCAUCUGGGCAUCUCCUGUUUUCUUACUUCAUCAAUUCACAUUAAAAAAAAAAACCAAGUUUUUAAGGUGUCUUUUAAACUUUGAAGCAUGGUGGGGGGUGUAUGUGUUGUGGGUUCACCCAUGGUGGAUUCACAUACUUCACCAUGUGUGUCUCUUGUUGCACUCACAUCUACUCGUGUCGAUCAGACGAGAAGUGGCGAUUUGAGUUUGCGAAAGAAACCGGUCAGUAAAAGGUUGAAUUCUUCUUUCAUGGGUUCAAGAUUUCCAGCAAAAGCAAUUGUUUCCAAGAAGCAGAAAAAGGUUAAAGGUUUUGUGAUUCUUAAUAAUCUUGGUGGACAAUAUGAGGAUGACACUUUUGAUGAUGUUAAAGGACAAAUGUUUAAUCUUUUCACCCUCACCGCAGUAAGCACUGUUAUGAACGAACUUAACGAGUUGAACCCAACGCAACAUCAAUGGUUCCACAACUUUGUAAGAACAAACAAGCCCUCAAAUGGAAAACGUUUCCUUCACAUCCUUCAAAAGGAGAAACAUGAACUUGCAGAGAGAGUAAUGGAGACACGCCUUCGCCUCUUCGCAAAAUGGAUAAAGCAAGUGGAUCAUGAUGAAAUGUACAAAGAUCUUUCAGAUCAGAACUUAGAGCUGAUGCGCGAACGGCUCUUAGAUUUGGUGAAAUGGCCCGAUGAUACAUCGAAUACGAAUACAGAGGAAGCUGGAUGAAAAUUUAUUUGGUUGAUGAUUUUGAUGGUGAAAUUUGUUUAUACCAACAUACUGUAAUAUGGAUCAAACUGGAAGGAUUUAUGUACCAAUAAUAUUUAGGAGUGCAAAGGUUUCUCCCUAGCAUUUAAUUAAACACCUUGCCUACAAUCUCAAA